ACGUCAACAGUAAACAAGCUGACAGGUAUAUCUGUACAGGUAAAACCGGGCUACCUGAUUGACUGCAACAAGACUGUCAGGGUGUAUAAAGGGGCGCAUAAACCGGUGACAAAAAUGGCCAGUAAUGUAUAUAGUAGGGACGAUGACGAGGAAGAUCACUGCGUCAAUAUAAAAAGUGUGGUUGAAAGAGUGAUAUACGACACCCCUGCUCCCGUACGUCCUAAGAUGUUAGCAGUGGCUGCUAUUGACUUUGGAACGACAUUCUCGGGAGUCGCAUACUCAUUUGUUGGGGAUUACGAGCGUCAGCCACUUCAGAUUGACGCAAAAGUAUGGCAAAGUACGAAGGGAACAGGAGUGAUGUCACACAAGACCCCGACCUGCCUCCUCCUCACUUCCAAUAAAUCAUUUGAGGCUUUCGGCUAUGACGCAGAAGACCAGUAUGCGGAACUAGCCGAGGAAAACGCCCAUUAUGGAUAUCGGUACUUCAAGAACUUCAAGAUGCUACUUCAUACAGACGAAGGGUUAAAGAGGGAUGCUGAGAUUAAAGACGAGCAAGGCCAUGCCCUGCCUGCUAUGCUGGUGUUCACGGAGUGCAUUAAGUAUCUCCGGGAUGAAACAAUGAAGACAUUGAAAACCAAAGGGGAUCUUAUCCGAGCGAAUGAGGUCAGAUGGGUGAUUACCAUGCCUGCCAUCUGGGGAGAUUCUGCUAAACAGUUCAUGAGGGAGGCUGCCGAACAGGCAGGCAUUGAGAGAUUCCAGUUGGUAAUUGCAUUGGAACCGGAAGCUGCGUCAAUCUUCACGAAGGAGCAACUGUCCCAGCGGAAGUUCAAUGAAGAUGGCACUGCUUUCCUGGCACCAUAUGAUCCGGGAACUAAAUAUAUGGUAGUGGAUCUAGGAGGUGGUACUGUCGACAUAACGAUAAGACAGGUUCUAGAAGACAGGACUCUUAGAGAGGUCCAUCAGGCCACCGGUGGCGCCUGGGGAGGGAUGGGUGUCAACGCCAAUUUCCUUGCGUUUAUCUCAGAGCUUGUCGGUGACAAUGUCCUUUCGGAACUACGUUUGAAUCACAAGGCCGAUUACCUGGAGCUAGAACGGUCCAUCGAAAUGAAGAAACGUCAUUUAGAAGGCGAUAGACAAGGUAGGAUAAUGAUUCCCCUGCCUGCAGCUCUGAUGGAAGUGUAUGCAGAUUUAAACAACGGUGCUAAACUAACAAAUAAAUUAACAUUCGAGUCCAAACAUCCGGGGAAGGUGGACAUACAAAGAGGUCAUUUACGUAUAGAUAAGGAACUUGUAGCCGGGUUUUUCAAACCAGCCGUUGACAACAUUGUAAAGCAUCUGAGGGAGGAUCUUUUGACACUGCCGGAGGCGUCAGAUUUAGUAGAUAUCAUUUUAGUCGGUGGAUUUGCGGAUUCAAAGAUCAUUAAAGAGACAAUUACUAAAGUAUUUUCCACCAAAUGUGUUGUUGUCCCAAAAGAAGCAGGACUUGCCGUUCUGAAAGGCGCCGUGCUUUAUGGCCAGAAUCCCAAUGUGGUUAAAGAACGCAUUUCUAAAUUCACCUACGGUACUAGAUCUUACAGGCACUUUCUGGAAGGUUAUGAUUCUCCAGAAAAGGAAACCUACAUUGAUGGGCAAAAAUACUGUGGUGACUGCUUCGGUAAGAUAGCCGAAGUCGGGAUGUCCUACAUGCUCGGAGAAGGUCAGGAUAUUGAGCUCAGUCCUGUCCGUGGAGAGCUUACCAGAAUGUGUGUAGAUAUCUACAAAUCAACGGCAAAAGAACCUGUCUACGUGACCGAUAAAGGAUGUUCCUAUCUCGGACGAAUUAAUGUGGACAUGCCGAACACGUCCCUUGGCAAGAAGAGGAGUGCAAAGGUCAGGAUCACGUUCGGAGACACUGAACUCAUCUGUGAAGGGAUUGACGAAGGUACCGGGAAGCGUAGCAGGGAAGUGCUGGAUACACUUAGCAGCACGACCUCAACUGAAAGGAGACUGCAGUCCCCUUCCUGUACUAUGAACAAGCAGUAGAACUACAUUAUUCUAUCAAUGCUAAACUACAUUAAGAUGGCAGAAAGAGGGAAUUAAGUUAGUUUCAAAUCAGAUUUUUGAAACCCAGAAACUGUUCACCAGUGUAUGAGUAAUCAGGAAAACGCAUAAAUAAUAAAUUAAAAAAUCAGAACAAAAUUAUUUUUCUAUUUCCAUACAGACCAAACACAUAAUACACGCCAUACAAACCAUUAACAACAUACAAACUAUACACGCCAUAAUUGCACAUCAUAUAAACCAAACGUAGCAAUCAAACAUACAAUAUAUGUCAUGUACACCAUACAUAUCACAGACUAAUGCAAAAUUUAUCGUUUAUUGUAACGUUUUGACAACAGAAAGUUGAUAACGUGAUGUUACAGAAAGGAAAACAAAGGGUAACUUGAAUUCGCUAGGAGGAAGAGUGAUAGGUCUAGACGAGACACACCGAUAACACAUUCGUCUAUUAAGCAAUAAUCGUUUCACUUAAACUGAUUUCUUCUGAACCACGUAUGAGAAUUCAACUAAACGUGUGACUGAAUCGAAGACUGGAAAGUGGACCAUUGGUAAAUCUACACCAACUUUCUACACCAACGACAGGACGUUGUAACAUUUAUUUAUAGUAUAUCUUAUAUACAUUCAUAUAUGUUUUGAGAGGUCAAAUGUAAACAACGAACGCCAAAAGUUUGAUUGAUUUGU